UGACAGUGACACUGACGCAGUUUUAUGUCAAAAAGUCAAAAUACGCAACAUCAACAAAUAGCGAAAAUAUUGUGCUAAUAUUUAAUAAUUUGUUGUAAACAGUAAUAAAUAUAUUGUGUAUCUUACUUGAACACUUCAUAAGAAGUCUAAAGAUAGUAAACAAGACAUAUAUCCCAACCGUAACGGGUGGUGCAAUACGAAACAUUCUUUAGAACUACCAUAAUGUUAUCUUCACUAAUUAAAGAACAUCAAGUAAAACAAGCUUCAAAAAGAGUUAUACAAGAACAAAAACGAAAAGAAUGUAUAGCUGCUGCAAAUGAUUUGACUCAAGCACUUGUUGACCAUCUAAAUGUGGGAGUGGCCCAAGCUUACCUAAACCAAAAGAAAUUAGAUGCCGAAGCAAAACUACUGCACCAGGGUGCUAUCAACUUUGCUAAACAAACACAACAAUGGCUAGCUCUUGUCGAAAACUUCAGUAGUGCCCUCAAAGAAAUUGGAGAUGUGGAGAACUGGGCAAGGAGUAUUGAGAAUGAUAUGAAGAUUAUCACUGACACAUUAGAAAGAGCUUACGAAAUGACACAAGAACAACCAACCAACGCUAGCAGUACUAGUACUAGUAGUAACCAAUGAAUCCUCUUUAAUAAAUAAAAAAAUCAUUCCUGUUUUGUUUAUCAAUAUUUAUAGUUAUUUCUUGUGUUAAGAUAAUACAUAUUUUAUUUGAUGCAGUAA